GCUCCAACGGCACGUCCUAUAUAAGGCCCCGCGAGCCCGCAUGCGCGUGGAGUCGGUUGGGCUUUCCCCCCCUGUUCGGGCGAAGAUGUCGCGGUAUGGCCGUUACGGUGGAGAAACCAAAGUAUAUGUUGGUAAUCUAGGAACUGGUGCUGGUAAAGGUGAACUUGAGAGAGCUUUCAGCUACUACGGACCAUUACGCACAGUGUGGAUUGCGCGAAAUCCUCCAGGAUUUGCAUUUGUUGAGUUUGAAGACCCAAGAGAUGCUGAAGAUGCAGUUCGUGGGCUAGAUGGAAAAGUGAUCUGUGGCUCUAGGGUUAGAGUGGAGUUAUCAACCGGUAUGCCACGCAGGUCUCGCUAUGAUAGACCCCCAGCACGCCGGCCAUUUGAUCCUAAUGAUAGAUGUUAUGAGUGUGGCGAGAAAGGUCAUUAUGCUUAUGACUGUCAUCGCUACAGUCGUCGGAGAAGAAGCAGGUCACGGUCUCGAUCUCAUUCAAGGUCCAGAGGAAGGAGAUAUUCUCGCUCACGUAGCCGAAGUCGUGGCCGGAGAUCCAGGUCUGUCUCUGCUCGGAGAUCCAGAUCACUCUCCCCUCGGAGAUCCAGAUCUGUCUCGCCACGCAGAUCCCGUUCAGGAUCUUUAAAAAGAUCAAGGUCUCGGUCAAGGUCAAGAUCCAGGUCCAGGUCCGUUUCACGACCCAGAAGCAGCCGUUCCAAAUCAAGAUCACCAUCUUUAAAGAGAAGUUUUGAUAUGAGCCAUUUAUAUCCAUUCUCCAUUAACUCGGGUCGUUCGCCAUCAGGAAGCCCUCGAAGGAGUGUGAGUCCUGAAAGACUGGAUUAGAAUUGCAAAGAACAUGAUAGGAAGAAUUUUGUUUACGUUAUUUUAAGGGAUUUCUUUGUUAUUGACAAAUGUAAGGAUUUAGUUGAUUGAAAACCUUUUCUAGGGCUAACGCAGCAAGGAUCUUGAUCUUCUAGUAAAAUCUGUAAAAGCUGCUACAUUAGACUAGUGCACAAUUUCUGUAUGUAAUAACAUCCUGUGAUCUGAAAAGUGGGUCUUUUUAUGGGCACAUGAAAUAAAAUGUGUGUUUCUAACUUUGCUGUAAUGCUAUUUGCUUCUGUUAAUAUUUCAAGUGCAUGUUAAAAGCAGAUUACAGAUAAUUUAGAGUUGUACACAAAUACUGUGCAAGGGUAUUGGCUAAAAAUACCCAGGCGGGCAUCAAGCUUAAGUGUGACAUUUAAUUUGGUGCUUCAGGCUUUCUGGGGUGUUAUGACUUGCAAGGGUAUUUUUAAGGAAGCUGCUUGUCCAUCUGAUUCUGUAAUGGUAUUUACACAAGUGUUGGAGUUUGACCUGUUAACUUGUAAAAUCAAGUUGGCUUGCUUAGCAGAAUACUCUUAUGACAUAUCACCACAGGAACAAUUAUCUUAAAUGAGGCACCCAUAAGUUUUAUUCAAAUUGCCAUUUUGUUGGAGUUCCAUCUGGGAUACCAAGAAAGUAGUGUAAGCAACGGGCUUUUCCCAAGGUAUUUUGGAUACAAGGUAACAGUGAAUUCAAAGCAGAAUCUGAUCUUGUGAAAGUAGUUUCUAUCUCCCUGGUUCACUUACUCUUUCUCCCUUAAUGAAAACAGGAUGCUAGCUUGAAGACUGUAUCUUCACUGACAGCUUAAAUUGCAUCUUAGCAGCUCCCUUAGCAGGGCAAAAUUUAGCUAUAAUUGAGCUGUAUCACAAUGGCAAACAGAAAUGCUGAAAUCAAACAUACACCUUUAUCAAAGAUAUGUCUCAUCUGGAAAUGCCUGCUGCUUAACUGCAAUUCCAGUAUUGUAGAAGUUAGCUUCUAAUCUAAAAUCUGUGGCUAAAUCUAACAUACUAAACCUAAGGUUGAACAGAGAGUAACAUCUGCUUAACUUCUAUGACAGAACACCUAGAUGGGACUUGAGUGACAAAGUAACUUCAGUUUUUGUUUUAAACUGUCUUGACAUGGCUAUAUUUAUGAUACUAAAUGAAUAUGCUGUUUCUGAUAAAUAAAAAUGCUUAACAUUUUCUAAUCAA